UCUUCACUCACCUCUGCGCAAAGCGAUGAAAAUCCCGCACACACGCACGCGCUGCAGCUCCCUCGCCUCCGCUGCGCUCGCGGUCUGCCUCUGCCUCUCCGUGCGUCCGUGUAAAUCCGCGUGAAGCCCCCGCGCGCCCCUCCCUCCCUCCUCCUCGCGCUCGGGAUCAUGUGACGGCGGCGGAGGAGCGCCCCAUUAAUGGAGCUCCUCGCGCGUGUCUGCGCGCCGCGGAGCAGACGUGAGGAGGACUCGGAGGAGCAGCAGCAGCGGCCGCCGCCGCGCUCACCUCCGCGGAGUUUCACUUCCAGCCGCGCGCCUCAAACAUGCGUGCCAAGCAGCGGGCCGGCCCCCCGCCGUGCGUAAAGACGCAGUGAGGAGUUGGAAGAGUUUGGCCAAAGUUUGCGCGCAGCCUCCAGAAUGCCGCGCCCCGGCAGGAACACGUACAGCGACCAGAAACCGCCGUACUCCUACAUCUCGCUGACGGCCAUGGCCAUCCAGAGCUGCCCGGAGAAGAUGCUGCCGCUCAGCGACAUCUACAAGUUCAUCAUGGAGCGCUUCCCGUACUACCGCGAGAACACGCAGCGCUGGCAGAACUCUCUGCGCCACAACCUCUCCUUCAACGACUGCUUCAUCAAGAUCCCGCGCCGGCCGGACCAGCCCGGCAAGGGCAGCUUCUGGGCCCUGCACCCGAACUGCGGGGACAUGUUCGAGAACGGCAGCUUCCUGCGCCGCCGGAAGCGCUUCAAGGUGGGCGGCGCGCCGGGUGCGGACCCGCUGGCCGCCAGCAAGCCGCAGGACGCCGCGCACUACCUGCAGCAGCAGCAGCAGCAGCAGGCCAAGCUGCGGCUGAGCGCGCUGCACGCCGCCGCCGCCGCGCACCUGCCCGCCAUGCCGCCCGGAUACAACCUGAGCGCGCCCGCGCCCAGCUUCAAGCACCCGUUCGCCAUCGAGAACAUCAUCGCGCGCGAGUACAAGAUGCCCGGCGGGCUGCCGGCGUUUCCCGCGCCCGGAUACCCGCUGCACAACCAGCUGGCGCCCGCCUGGCCGCACGUGUACGGCGCGGGCGUGAUGGACACCUGCGACUACCCGGCGGCCUACGGCGUCCCGUUCAAGGCCCUGUGCCACGGCGCGCAGACCAUGCCCGCCGUGCCCGUGCCCAUCAAACCCACGCCCGCGCCUGUGCCCGCGCUGCCCGCGCUCCCCGCGCACAUCCCGGCCUUCCUGGCCAACUCCCCGCAGUCCCUGAGCCCCACGUCUCCGCAGACCGCCGCGGGUCACGGCAGCCCCGCCGCGCCCGCGGACGCGCCUCCGUCCGCGGGGCUGCAGGCCGCCGUCACCGUCCACUGACGGGUUCCGGUCCGGACCGGAUUCAUCCCUUCACACGUCGGACUGGAGACGUUCUGCGGACCGGAACUCUGACUCCCCCCCACUCGCACGCACGCGCGCACCAGCGACUGCGGCCUCGCGCGUUUUGUUGUACAGUUGAUGUGAAGAAUCCGAGCAGAAGAAAUCUUAUUUAUGUCUGAAGGCCGCGAGGCUCCGAGGAUGUGCGGGAUCUGCGGGGUUUGCGGGGCUGCAUGCUCCUGUCUGUGUUUCUUCUGGGGAGGGGGCAGCAGGCCUGGUGGGACGUUGUUUCUCCUGCUUCAUGUUUGCAAAUGGAUCAUUAAAGAAACGUUGGUGGAGAA